GUGCCUCGACUCGGCCAUUGGGUUUGCCCGGGGUCUUGUGUUCUUUGUGUUGGCUCAUUGUGUACCAUCUAGACCUCAAUCCUCCUGAAGUCUGUCAACAAAAUCUAUUCCUUUCUUUCCCCCCCUUCUCUCCCUCCCCCCCACAACUCCAACUAUGGAGCAAGAGCUCCUAUCGCUGCUCGCCGACACGCAGUCGCCGGUCGCCGAGACGAGAAAGACCGCCGAGCUUCAACUGCUGCGUCUCUACACGAACGAGAGCUUCCCCCUCUCCCUGGCCGCCAUUGCUUCGCAUGAUUCCGUCCCCACCAAUCUCCGUCAGUCCGCCCUCUCUGUCCUGCGUACCUUUAUUGCCGCCGCCUGGUCCCCGAAUUUGGACGAGUUCAAGGGCCGCAUCCUCAUCAGUGAUCCCAACAAGGAUCAGAUUCGGAGGGUCCUGCUGGACCUAGCCACCGUGAAGGAGACCCCUGAGCGCAAGGUCAAGUCGUCCGCCAGUUUCGCCGUCAGCAAAAUAGCCAGCGCCGAUUUUCCCGAACAGUGGCCGGACCUCCUGCCGACGCUUCUUCAGAUAAUCAACGAUGCCAGUAGCACCUCGGGGGCCCUACACGGUGCCUUGAAGGUGCUCCUGGAUCUGGUCGACACCGGAUUCAAUGAAGAGCAAUUCUUUAACGUCGCCAGGGACCUUGUCUCGUCCCUUUACAGCGUUGCGACCAGCGAGUCGAGAAGACCGAUGCUCCGGGCCUUGGCCAUCGCGGUCUUCCGGUCGUGCUUCGAUACCCUUGAAAUGGUCCUGGAGCAACACAAGGUGGCUGUCAAGCAGUUUAUGGACGAGGUGCUCGGCGGCUGGUCGCCUUUCUUUAUCUCAACGCUAAAGGCGCCCUUGCCCGAAGCUCCUGUGGAGGAAGAAGAAUCGAAGGAGACCGAAGUUGCCUCGCAGUGGAGGGGUGUGAUUGGCUUAAAAUUGCAGGUGGUGAAGACCCUGAUGAAGAUCCGAAUGGUUUUCCCCGGUCUCUUGUCGGCCCAAAGCCCUAUCUACUUCUCUACAAUCUGGACGGAGCUCACGAACAUCCAGAAUGGGUACCAUGAGUUCUACAUACGGGACGAGAGACAGGGCCGUUUGGAAGACGUGGACGGGCUCCCAUACACCUUGGACUUCUUGGUCCUGGAAGAGUUGGAUUUGAUUCAGACCCUCCUAAAAGCACCUCCGGUCAAGGCAGAGCUGCAGCAGCAAUUGCAGAACGCCGGACAAGCCGUGUCCACGUCCAGUUGGUUGCCUGAGAUUCUGAAGUUGACCGGGUCAUAUGCCCAGAUCACGUCCGAAGAAGAAGGCCUGUGGGAUAUCGACGUCAAUCUAUUCCUAUCGGAAGAGACUUCAGUCACUGCCAACUACACGCCUCGUACCUGCAGUGGAGACCUGGUCAUCAAACUCGGUGAAUGGCUCAAGCAAACUACGGUCGAGGGUAUGCUAGUAUAUCUAAACGCUGUCUUCGCGGACUCUUCUUCGACGUGGAAGGCCCGCGAAUCGGCCUUGUACAUUCUUAACCAACUGCUGCGGGACUUCAGUGAGGUCGCCCAGCAGAUCUCUACAGACUUGGCAAAUGGAUUCAAUGGCCUCAUCCACUAUUCGAUUCAGCAAGAGGAAGAGUUUCUCCGUGCGCGUGGCUACCUUGUGGCGGGUAUUUUGACCCAGGUUGCCGGCGAGGCGUUCCAGCCGACCGCUGCUUCGUAUCUGGAGGCUGCACUGAAAGCAAUCGCGGGAGACCCCUCGGAAGUCGUGAAGGUUGCAUGCAUUCGCGCUUUACAGGACCUGUUGCCUUCUCUGUCUUCCAGCACCACUAUUCCCCUCCAGAACUCCAUCAUCUCCGCUAUCUCGGAGUUUGUCUCCUCGCACGACCUCCGGGAACCAACCGACAGCGAUGAUCUCAAGGUCACACUCGCCGAGACGCUGCGCGACACGAUCAUGGUCAAUCCAAACAUCGUUCUAUCGUCGAUCGCCAUCGAUGUUCUCUUCAACAUCGCCAGUAACGGCGCGUCCAAUUUCCAGCUCACCAUGAUUGUCACCGAGGCAUUCGAGGACCUCGUGGAGUCUAUUGCUGACCAAGGCCCCGAAUCAUUCGUUCUCCUCUGCGAAAAGGUCCUGCCUUCUCUGACCGGGGCGAUCGACGUUGGAAACCUGACUCAGGAGAACACGCUGACGAACUUUGCCGCGGAUCUCGUGCGAGCUCUGGCGGAGAGGUCCCUCGAGCCCCUUCCGGCCGGAUUCGUGGAAACCGUCAUGCCCAAGAUGAAUCGACUGCUGCUGGACUCGACCGAUGCGGAGCUGAUCCGUCCGGCGACGGAGGCCGUUCGGCACAUGCUCUCGCACGACUUCGCCCAAUUUGUGAACUGGCGGGAUCCCCAGAGCGGCAAGGAGGCCACCGAGGUGGUGCUUGUUAUUAUCGAUCGCUUGCUGGGGCCCUCCGUCGACGACAAUGCGGCCACCGAGGUCGGACAGCUGGCCGCGGAACUGGUGGAGAAAGCGGGCUCCGAACGACUCGGUCCCUACCUGCCCCAGCUCCUUCGGGCCGUGGCGCAACGAUUGGCGACCGCUCAGCAAGCGCAAUUCAUCCAGAGUUUGAUCCUUGUCUUUGCGCGACUGACGCUUAUCAGUGCGCGCGAGGUGGUGGACUUCCUGGCGCAGGUGGACAUUGGCGGGCAGAGCGGACUGCCGAUCGUGAUGAGCAAAUGGCUGGAGAACUCGGUCAACUUCGCCGGGUAUGACGAGAUCAAGCAAAACAUCAUCGCCCUGGCAACGCUCUACAACCUGGAAGACCCUCGGCUGGCGCAGGUGCAGGUCAAGGGCGACCUCAUCAUCCAGGACACCGGCCGCAUCAAGACCCGGUCGCAGACGCGCAACAACCCGGACCAGUACACGGCGGUGGCGGCACCGUUGAAGAUCGUCAAGGUGCUGGUGGAGGAAUUGGCGGCGGCGUCGGGGAGCAAAGAGAUCGACGCGGCCACAGCGGCGGCGCUGGAGGAAGAGGACAGCGACGAGGAUGACGAGUGGGAGGACAUCCCCGGCAACACGCUGGAUCUGAACCUGGGGAUAACGAAGCAGGAGCUGAUGGCGUUUGGCGAAGGCGGCAGCGAAGGAGUGUUUGGCGUGCGCAAGCGGGACGACGAGACGCAGGCGUUCUUGCUGGACUUCUUCCGCAACGCAUCGGCCAAGGCCGAGUUCCAGCAACUUUUUGCCGCGUUGACGCCGGCCGAGCAGGAGAAGCUGCAGAGUCUGGGAUGAUCGGGACCGCCGUGGUCCGAAAAGGGGCGGAUGACGCCAGGAUCUUCGUGAUUUGUGAUGGAUCCGAUUACUUGGGACUUGCGGGGAAAGGAAGCAGAAGGGCCGAGGAAAGAUUACGCUGACAACGAACCACUGGGGGAAACCAAGGCCGGCGAUCGCUGUCGGGAAUGAACAUAUUGACUGGGUAUUCAGUCGGAAGUCGCUAUGUACGUAUGUAUUUUUUUUUGUGGCCAGGGAAGAUGAGUUUGGGCCGCGUUCCCAGGCCCAGCUCCACCGAUGUGAAUAUUUGGAGAUGCUGC